GCUCGCGGAGAGCGCCUGGGGACGCGAGGAUCCGCAGUCACUAUGGUAACCAGCGACGCCGGGCGUUCCCAGGCAGCCUGCGGCGGAGCCGAGAAGGCCCCGGGCCUCCGGCUGCGAAGAAGAUCCCCGCGGCAUGAGGCGGGAGGAAGCGGUGGUGGUGACCGCGGUGGCGGCGCCGGAGGCGGGCCGCGACGGGGAACAGCCUCGGCAGCCGGCCGGGCUGGGCUGUGGGGCGCGCGGGGAGCCGGGCGGCGGCCCCCAGGAGUCUUGCAAACAGUGGAAGAAAUUCUUGUAUUCUGAGCCACACAAGAGAAUUAAGGAAGUACUAGAAGAAGAACUUUAUGCUAAAAGAGAUGAGUGCCACGUUAAAAAUCCACCUGCAGUGGCCCUGGAAGGGAUUUGGAGCAUUAAAAGGAAUCUCCCUGUGGGAGGCUUGAAGCCAGGACUGCCGAGCAGAAACAGUUUGCUGCCACAAGCCAAGUCCUACUAUUCGAGGCACGGAGGGCUGAGAAGAUAAGAUGAAUACAUUCUUCAUUGAGAAGAAGCUUCCUCCUCCUGAUGUCUGAAAAACAGAACCCAAGCUUGUUUCACAGUUUAAGAUGUAUAAAAAAAAGUCUAUUCUUAUUAUUGGUAUUAAUUCCUAUCUAUAAAUUAAUCCAAGGCAAUGAAAGGCUAUUAGUAAAGUUUGCUAAGCACCUGGAAACAAUGAAGAAUAUUAUACUUAUUUUUAGUUGGCACAUUUGAAAUGCAUUGAGUUUCUAAUUAGCUUAUUUUAUUAAAUAUGUGAAACAUGAUAGAACAAAGGCAUGUUUAUUGAGUCUUUACUUCAAGGUAAGCAUUAUAAACCCUCUCUAUAGUAUAAUUAUGUUCAUCCAUUGGAAAAAAAAAAUAGAGG